CGGAAGCACUAGCACUCCCAAAACGCUGUUUUGAAUGAUUCGAGCAUUUCUCUGAGUUGGAACAUCAGUGUCAAUGCUUUCGCAAAACUUUUCAGAAUGAACCCACUAACCAAAGUGAAAUUAAUAAAUGAGUUGAACGAGAGGGAGGCGAGUCUUGGUGUGAAGGAAUCAGUGUCAUGGCAUUCAGAAUACAAAGACAGCGCGUGGGUAUUCGUAGGUGGUUUUCCUUAUGAGCUAACCGAGGGGGAUAUAAUCUGUGUUUUCUCACAGUAUGGAGAAAUUGUCAAUAUUAACCUUGUACGUGACAAGAAGACAGGGAAGUCAAAGGGUUUCUGUUUUAUCUGUUUUGAGGACCAAAGGAGUACUAUCUUAGCUGUGGACAACUUAAAUGGCAUAAAGAUCAAAGGACGCACCAUCCGCGUGGACCAUGUAGCUAACUAUCGUCCUCCCAAAGACUCAGAAGACAUUGAUGAUGUCACAAAAUCCUUGCGUGAUCAGGGGUGUGCCCCAACGUUGUCUUCAUCCUCAUCUGAGUCAGAGGAAGAAGAUGGUGUUGUGUUGCCCAUGAAGAAGUCAAAGAAAGAUAAGAAAGAAAAGAAGAAAAAGAAGAAGGAGAAAAAGGAGAAGAAGAAAGAGAAGAAGGAGGAAGAGAGGAGGAAGGUGACUCCUGCGGAGGACAGAAGAGCGGACGAGAACCAGUCGCCGCCGUCCACAUCCGUGCCUGUGAAGAAAGAGAGGAUGGAUGCGGGGUACGAGAAGUACGCCAAAAAGGGCCCAAUAGACUCUCGACCUCCCAGAGGAGACCGAGUGGAACCAGGCACACACAACGCCAGAGAGAAGGAGAGACCGGAGGAUGGACCGUCCAGGGACUGGCACGGCAGUGACCACAGCAGAGACCGAGAGAAGGGAAGGGUGAAGGAGGAGGACCGGAGGAGAGACUGGCCACGAGACGCUAGGGCCACUUCACCCAGAGACAGACACAGGAUGGACAGAGACGAAAAGCCGGUGUUCCAAGACUCCCGUCCACGUGAAAGCUGGGACAGGGACAGGGACAGAGACAGAGACAGAGAGAGAGACAGGGAAAGGGACCGAGAGAGAGACUGGGAUCGUGACAGAGAAAGAGAGAGAGAUCGGGACAGGGACAGGGAGAGGGAGAGAGAAAGAGACAGGGACAGAGGAAGAGAAAAGGACCGAGACAGAGAGAGGGACAAGAAGUACAGGUGAAGUAGCGAUACAUGUGGAAUCAUCAACAAUGUGCUGCGCUCGCUGUUAAGACUGAGCGUCUGGGAGAUCAUGUGCUGUUAUCACGGAGGACUCUACAGUUGCCACAGCUUCUGAACUGUAUUCAUUUAGCAGUUGUGUCUCUCUACCAUGCAGAGGGCAUUUGGAUGUUGGUAGUUUUGUUUCUGGGUGGGUUUUUUUGCAAAAUUGUAAAUAACUUUAGGAAAUUAAAGCAAAACAGAUUUUUUCAUAGCCAUGGCAAAUUACAUAAUUUAUUGUGUUAGUACAUUUCAAUUGAAAUAAUAUCGGUAAUUAUAAGGGUGCUUCAGUAGAUUGCUAAACUGUUUGAGAACCACUGACUGUUCUAAAAGCAUCAUCAAACAUUA